AGAUGUUACGGUCAAUUCGGUCUCUAUUCGAGGCUAUCAGAUGCAAAGACCUAGAAGUAGCUAGGUUACUUCUCGAGGCAGGCAUGUCUGCCACCGUAACGUACGCCGAUGAUGAGAGCGGGGAGACACCUUUACAUAUCGCUAUUCGAACAAAUCAACCGGAUAUGGUUCGACUCUUACUACAGCACGGCGCUAGUUUGGACAAAGUGAAUAGCAACAAACAAAGACCAUCCGAUCUAGCUAUACCUUUCCCGGCUAUUCAGACGAUUCUCAAAAAUUGUGAUGAAAUUCAAGCCUUCGUGCCGACAAUAACAUACGGGACCAAAAUCGUCGCCGACCACACCUGUGCUGAUUGGCCCCUGCUACAUAGCAAAUUGGCGUGGUGCUCUACCGAACCAAACAUGUGCUCCACUAAAAGUAACUCGAACAAUGCUUAUGCACUGGUGGAUGGCAAUGAUAAGACGUACUUGGAAAUGACAAUGCGGCAUGAUGCCAGUAAUUUCAUAGUGUUCGACUUUGGUAGAGAUUUUCUCAUAUCGGGCAUACGAAUUUGCGGGAACUCUUCACCAAAUAUGCUAAAGGAAUUUACCCUCGAGACGGCAGACAGCGUAGACGGCCCUUGGACGAUUUGCAGGGUCUUUACUGCUGAGCAAAAAGGAAUGGAUUCCUACAAUGCUGGACGAGGUGACAACCAAGAUUUUAAAGGGCUUAAGAUAAAAAGCCGGUUAAUCAAGCUUGUUGUCAAUUCAAACCAUGGUGGUUACAGUACUUGCUGGAAUGGAAUAGGCUUCUUUGGUCUCGACAGCAAACUGAGAGAUCUGCUGAAGCAAUUCCAGCUCAUGCAUAGAUUCAAUGACUUCAUUAACAUGGGAUUUGUGCAAGUAAAGGAUCUUUGGAUGGUAAAUGAUGCCGAUGUCAAGCGGCUAUGUCGGGGAAAUGCGCAGGAUGUUGCGAAAGUUACUGAAGCAUUGAAGGCGGCAAGAAUUGAAGAAAAUCGGCUGACGAGCUUAGACUUCGGUGUCGCACCAAUCCGCUUCCAUCCAGAAGGCAAACGUCUACCUGAAUUCACGGUCAUAGGUGACGCAGGAUGUGAAGACGAAAUUUCCUUAGCUUUUCAAGGUGAUCCGGAUGUUGAAGGGGUGCUAACGAAAAGACUUGUGCCAGAUCUGAAAAGUGGUCGAAGUAUAGCUUCGUUCAACGGCAUAUCGUUAAGUCCGGUCGGUAAUUACGUCAUCGAAGCAUAUAGCGUCGCCUGCCCAGAAAUCUUUGUCCAUACGUCAGAGCCAACAUCGAUCGUGUUCUUUAUGAAAGACAAAGGGAAUGUAAACGACACUUUUAGUGAGCUCGACAGUAUUUUAAAUUUAUAGAUAGUUUUCUAUCUGGAAAGGAACCCCGGUACAGACGGACUUCUUGGCUGACACGAUUAAAUGAAAGACCUGCCUUGAGAUUCUCAGAUUUAUCGUAUCAGCGGAAGAAAAUAAAUACAGUAAACAGUUGUUCCGUG